AUGCUAUUGAACGGCCGGGCAUUAUUAUCGCUAGUCAAUGACAAGGAAUACGAUCGGAAAAUAUGUGGGAACCUCGAUAUGCUCCAGGUAUCAUGAAUAAUAUAAUUUUUGUGUGAAAUUUUAGGUUAUUUUUCAAUUUUUUUGCUGUAACUACUUUUAAAUUUCAGGAUGAGCACUGGAGGACGUUGUAUGCGGUGAUGACAGCCAAUUUACUGUAUCUUUUCGAAAGUGCUGACGACUUGAAUGCCGCUCCAAUGGUUUUGCUCAUAGUUGAAGAUUGUUUGGUGGAAAUGGCAGAUGAUAACGUGACGGGGAAGCCCUAUUCGUUCCUCUUGAGGUCGAAAACGUAAGGAUUCCACUCUUUUUCUUCUUUCAUAUUUAGAUUCAAACAAUUUGGCAACAAAUGGCAUGUAUGAUUUAAUUUUGAUGUGGGAACUCGAUAUUGAUGCAAAUUUUUGCAGGACAAAGCGAGUAUUCACGUUUGCGGCCCCAGAUUUUUCCACUCUAGAACGAUGGAUCCACUUUUUGACCGUUUCGUCGGUCGAUUAUAUCAGAGCCACCAUGCAGACAAUGUAUGCCGCUCUAUCGCCCAAGAACUCGCCUCAGGAACUUCAAAAACCUAUAACGGAUAAGAAGGAGGAUGAAACUCAGGAUACACCGAGUAGUACCGCGUAA